AAAAAAGGAGAGAGAGAGAGAAGACAGAGUCAAUUCAAUUUCACAUCUCUGAAAAAAUUUCAAAUUUUUCUUCAGAUCAAAUUUCACGUAAUUAAAUUCGAUUUCCCAUUACUUAAAAGCGUCUUCUUUCCCGUGCCCAGAGCUCAAUUUCCUCUAAUUUGAUCGAGUUUCGAGCUAUGUCUCAAUCUCAGGGAUAGAGAGAGAGAGAGGUUAGAGGUCAUCUUCUGAAAUUUGAUUUCUUUGAAUUUGAUUACUCAUUAAUCAGAAACAGCUUCUUUCUCGUGCCCAAUUUCUUCGCAAUUUGAUUGUAAUCCGAGUUUUUCCGUCUCUCUCUCUCUCUCUGUAAUCUGUCAUGGCUUCUUGUCUUGUUAUGAACAUAACAUGAUAGCUAAUGAUUACUGAUUCUGAUAAAUUUUCCAGCUUUCUCGGAAACAAAAAACAAAAAAAGCUCUCUGCUUUAUUCUAUUCAAAUCCCGAAUUCAUCGUUUUUAAUUUCCAGAACAAGAUUCUGGAGAAUCUCUUCUCUUCCAUUGAUGGGUAACUCAAAAGACAGGAUCAAAUUCAACGUUGGAGGUCGAAUCUUCGAAACAACAUCAACGACGCUCGCAAACGCAGGUCGCGACUCCUUCUUCGGCGCGUUAUUCGACGACGAAUGGAACCUCUCGCCGUCGCCGGAAAAUCUUUUCAUCGACAGAAACCCAGAUUGCUUCGCCGUUCUUCUCGAUCUCCUCCGCACCGGAGACCUCAACGUCCCUACAAACAUCCCAGAGCGUCUCCUCCACAGAGAAGCUUCCUUCUACGGCUUACUCAACCACGUGAGAACCGCUAAAUGGGGCCCAUUCGACGGAAACCGUCUCCGGUUAUCAGAUUCCGUCAAAGGAAUCGCUCCCGGAGACGGAACCGCCAUCAGGGCAGGACCUGACGGUGGUUGCUGCGUGGCGCACGGGAGCGUAGUCCACGUGUUUGAUUGGAUGCUUGAUGAGCAUUAUCCGAUCAACCUCGAUUACCAGAGAGUGAACGAUGUUGGAUGGAUUGAUUCAGACAACAUCGUACUCUCUGCUUGUGAGAAAUUGGGAAGAGGAGACGGUGGCAUGGGACUGUUCAGCUCAUCUUCAGGUGAUCUCCGGUAUAAGUUUCAGGUCUCUCAUGAGAACCAGGUCAAGAGUUACACAGCCGGAGCUUUGAGUUUCUCACCGGAUUAUAAGAUCUUCUCUAGCUGUAAAGGAAGGAGUAAUGAGUAUGGGAUCGGAGUUUGGGAUCAGAUAACCGGAAAACAAACCGAUUUCUUCUACGAGAGUCCAGGUUGGUCACUAGGUGAUGCUGAUAAGCUACAAUGGUUGAAUGGUAAGAACUGUCUUCUUGUAGCUACAUUGUUUCCAAGAAAAGACAACUGUUACAUUAGUUUGCUUGAUUUUCGAGACAAGAACAUGGUUUGGUCUUGGUCGGAUAUUGGUUCUCCUAUGGCGAUAGAUGAGAAGAGGGUGAGAGAUGCUAUAGCUAUGGAAGAUAGUAACUCCAUCUGCGUUGUGAAUGAGUUUGAGGAUUUGGGGUUUAUUGAUCUGAGGAUGUAUGGAGGUAGCGUGAGGUGGAGUUCUAGGAGCAGGUUGAUGAAAAGCAAGAUGCCUGACGAGCCUUGUUACCCUAAGCUGGCUUUGCACGAAGGUCAGCUUUUCUCUUCGAUGAAUGAUUCCAUCUCUGUGUUUUGUGGACCGGAUUGGGUUUUGACUUCUAGGCUGAGAAGAAGCUAUGGUGGCUCCAUUUGUGAUUUCUCCAUUGGUGGGGAUCGGCUUUUUGCUUUGCAUAGUGAAGAGAAUGUGUUUGAUGUGUGGGAGACUCCUCCUCCUCCGAUCAUCUGAUUCAUUGACUCAAUACUCUCUGGUCUGUUUUUAUUUUCCUUUUGUGUGUUUGUUUGUGUUCUUAGAGUCCUUUAGAAAACUACAGAGAAAUAGCAAUAGGCAAAGAAAACUAUAGCAAUAGAAAAAUGCUUUAGACUGAUCUUAGUUUUGUUCUAAAAAGAAAGUGUUCCUUAUUGUGACCUGUGAUAUAAGAAAUGAUAUCGAUCUUGUGGCUCUUAAACUGAUCAAGGAUUCAAAGUUCUUAGUUG